UAUUAUUAAUUUUCACAAACUUCACCUAAACUUCCAAGUAACUUGUUCAUACUCAUUCACUUCACUCCAUAAUCAUCCAAACUUCCACAAACAAAACAUAAAAAUGGCAACCAUCUCAGCUACCACCGCAACCGCCUCAAUCUCCCGUGCAUGUCUUGCACAGAAGAGACCUCUUGCAGUCUCAUCCUCACCUGUUCUUGGAUUGCCAACAAUGGCUAAGGUUGGAAGAGUUAAGUGUUCAAUGGAAGGAAAACCUUCAUCCGUGAAUGAAAGCAGCUCAAAGAUGGGAAUGACAGCAUCUUUGUUAUCAGCUGCAUGUGCUGCAGCCAUGUCAAGCCCAGCAGCCAUGGCAUUAGUGGAUGAAAGAAUGAGCACUGAAGGAACCGGUCUUCCCUUUGGACUCAGCAACAACCUUCUUGGUUGGAUCCUUUUUGGUGUGUUUGGUCUUAUUUGGGCUCUCUAUUUUAUUUAUGCUUCCGGUCUUGAUGAGGAUGAAGAGUCUGGUUUGUCCCUUUAAGUUUGCUUGAAAUGAUCAAUCAUGGAUUGUAGAAAAGUACUCCAGUUAUUUUCUGUGAUGAUAUAUUGAUAUGUAUCUAAGUAAUGACUUUUGUUGUUGAUUAUUAAUUACUACCUUUUCUUUCCUUUAACUAA